CGUUGGUCGGGCAGAUGUGACGCCACAACGGCGCCGACAGCGCUGUCAGCGCGCCGCCAUGUUGGUCUUGCACUUUGUGGUGGUUGGGCCCGCGUGCAGGAGGGUGGUGGGCGGCGUCCGCCGUCAGUUCGGGUCAGGAUAUGAAGAAGCCCCCGUUCGGGCUCCGCGGAAAGUCCGUUGUCGUCUCUUCAGACUCCUCCAUCACUAUCGUGGUGACGCCGCAUCCGCAUCCUUCCGCCCGGGCACCCGGCGCGGCUCGGCGGGGAGAUCGUCCGGAGCCCUUCCUCCUGACUUCAACAAUAAAUGUUUCUCCACGAAGUCGGGUCCUCUUUAUGCGUCCGGAAUGCAAAUGACCCUACAGAGAGGAGCAGAUUGCCAAUGCCCGCCUGGAUGCAUAGGCUGCCCAGAGGUCCUUGGAGUCACAGAAGAGAAAGCAUCCAGGCACAUUUCUGCACCAUCCAGCAUGGAAGCACUGCCUGUGUUUCCUGAUCUGUUUUCUAGAAGUCCAAUCUGCUUUCAUGAAGACAGGGCAGUGGCUGACCGGCUGACAAAUUGUUAUCAGGACCUGGUGACUUUUGAGGAUGUGGCUGUGGACUUCACCCAGGAUGAGUGGAUUCUGCUGGACUCAUCUCAGAAAAGCCUGUACCGGGAGGUGAUGCUGGAGAACUAUGGGCACCUGGUCACUGUGGAAUGGGCAAUGGGACUUAACACCAAAGAGACAGCACUUCAGCGGGAUACUUUUUGGUUAAAAAUGUCAGCGGAGAUACAACUGGCGAGUGGCCAGGACGGAAAGGAGCUCUGUGACGUCACGCCUCCUAAGGAACUCUUCAGAGAACCCUGGGGUCUCCUGACCCAGAUGGGUCCUCAGAAUGGGGGAGCCACUGUUGACUGUGGUCCGUGUGGACAAGACUUUCCUAGUCCACGUCAGGAAACCAGUGCAGACAAACCUGUGGCACUCAGUCAAUGUGGAAGAGACUCGAGUGUGACUCCCAGUGACACUCACCAAGCUCCAUGUGCGCAAGCCAUUUCCUUCUGCUGUGUGGGCCUAGGCCCAGCCUUGGUGGGUGAGCUGCCCCGGCGCUCUGGCAGCGAGGAUCGGCGCUUUCGCUUCCGAUGGCGAGAGCGUGCAGACGCCUUCGGCCCGCCCUCAAGCCACACUGUGCAUGUGCAGACACGUGCCACCACGGAGGGGGGCUACACCUGUAAGGAGUGCGGGAAAAGCUUUAAGUACGCGGCCAACCUUACGAUCCACAUGCGAACCCACACAGGGGAGAGGCCGUACCAGUGCAAGGAGUGCGGGAAGGCGUUCGCUCGGUGCUACCCACUAACCCAGCACCUGAAGACUCACAUGGAAGAGAAGCCCUUCGCCUGUGAGGUGUGCGGGAAGUGCUUCCGGAGCGCCUCCUGCCUGAACGACCACUUCCGGGUUCACACUGGCUCCAAGCCCUACAAGUGCAAGGAGUGCGGCAAAGCCUUCACGGGGCGCUCGGGGCUCAGCAAGCACCUGCCCACCCACACAGGGGAGAGGCCAUACGAGUGCCGGGAGUGCGGGCGGGCCUUCGCGGCCACCGCGGGCCUCAUCAAGCACAUGAAGAGCCACACCGGAGAGCGGCCCUUCGAGUGUGACCGCUGCGGGAAGGCCUUCGCCUCCUCCUCCACCCUCGCCACCCACCUGCGGGCUCACACGGGCGAGAAGCCCUUCGUGUGCCAGGUGUGCGGGAAAGCCUUCACAUGCUCCUCCUACCUGCGCAUCCACACGCGCACGCACACUGGCGAGAAGCCCUAUGCGUGCAGGGAGUGCGGCAGGGCCUUCACGGAGCGCACGAGCCUCACGAAGCACCUGCGCACCCACACCGGGGAGACCCCCUUUAAGUGCCCCGUGUGCAGGAAAGCCUUCGCGUGCGCCUCCUACCUCCACAACCACAUCCGGACUCACACCGGGGAGAAGCCCUACGUGUGCAAGGAAUGUGGGAAAGCCUUCACGGUCUCGUCACACCUAAGCAAGCACGUGAGAAUUCACACCGGGGAGAAGCCUCAUAAAUGUGAGCAGUGUGGGAAAGCCUUCACGGUGCGCUCAGGCCUCACCAAACACGCACGAACGCACACGGGAGAGAAACCCUACACAUGUCAGGAGUGUGGGAAGGCCUUCACCACCUCCUCCGGCCUCACGGAACACACGAGAAGCCACACGGGAGAGAAGCCUUACGAAUGUGACCAGUGCAGGAAGGCCUUUUCGUCGUCGUCCUAUCUGAUCGCCCAUCUGAGGAUCCACACGGGCGAGAAGCCCUUCGAGUGCAGCACGUGUGGGAAAGCCUUCACAUGCUCCCCCUACUUGCACAUCCACAUGCGCACGCACACGGGGGAGAAGCCCUAUGCGUGCAAGGACUGUGGCAGGGCCUUCGCUGUUUAUUCUCACCUCAGCAAACAUGUGCGAACUCACAGCGCGGAGAAACAUCAGCCAGGUGAGGAUUCUGGGGCAGCCUGGGGGGCUUCUUCCCCUCUUGCUGCGCUGGAGGGGGAGCCCCUUGCAUAGAAGGAAUGAGGACUCGGCUUUAGGAAGUCCUCUUGCCCUGACAGUGUACUCAGAUUCACAGCAGCCACGGAGGUCGUCAAUAUGAACCAUUCUAUGGUGUCCUCAGGCCCCAAUCGCCGCCGAGCCCCCCAGAGAAUCCGGUCUGUGCUUGUCCCGGGAACUGAAGGAGCAUGGAAAAGCUGAAUCUGCUCACAUGCCAUGUGAC